AUGUCUAAUACGCUGGAGGAGCGGCUGAGGUCGAAUUCGAACGCUUUUGAGGGGCUGCUUGCCCUUAUUCCUGCCAAGUACUACUACGAUGACAAGACACAGGAACAGUGGAAGGCAAAGAAGAAAAGCAAGAGCCAGGCCAGGGAGGAUAAGGUCAAGAAGUUGGAUCCCGACCAGAUGGAUGAUGAAACAUUGAGCAGUUUGGAGGUGAUGAAGAAGAGAGAGAAUAACGCCAAGCCCGUCAGUCUGCCCGGCGAGAAAUUCAAGUUGAAGGAGGCUGCAGCGGCAAUUGAGGGGGCCGGUGAGAGUAGCACGCCGGAGAGGGACUCUGCGGAGGAAGACGGGAAGAUUGGUGUGAUUUUCGAUGACGAAGGUAACGAGGUGGCCCCAGAGGCUCCGGCAGGUGAGGAGCCGCAAAAAGACGCCAAGAAGCAGCCAGAAGGUGGAAGCAAGAAGAAUCUCGACGCCCUGAGGUCUAAACUGCAGGCUAAGAUCCAGGAACUGAAGGAGAAGAGAAAAGCUCCCGGUACAAAGGUGAAGGGAGCGCCAAGCUCCAGAGAAGCGAUCCUCGCAGAGAGGAAACGGAAGCUGGAGAACAAAAACCGAAGACAGCGUCAGCAGCAGGACGAGGAGGAGCCCAAUGGAAGCGACAACAGCGAUUCUGACGAUGAUGGCGACUCUGACAACCAGAUGGAUGGCGAGAGCGAUAGAAAGAGACACAAGGCAGCAGAUGACAACAUAGCAAGUCAAGUGAUGUUCCAGAAUAUAAUAUUCGAUGACGGCGAUGCAGUCGCUUCGAACUUGCAAAACCUGAGAAGGACCGCGAAGAAGAAAGGGCCCGCUAAUAACGACGUGAGGGCUCAUCUCAAGCUGGUUGAAGCCAAGAAGCAGAAACUGGAGUCAAAAGACGAACUAGAGCAGAUCAAACUGAAAGAGAAAAGCAAGUGGCAGCGUGCCACACUACAGGCUGAGGGUGUAAAACUGAAGGAUGACGAAAAACUACUCCGUAAGGCCUUGAAGAGAAAAGAGGCCAAAAAGAGGAAAUCCGCUUUAGAAUGGAAAGAACGCCAGAAGAGCGUAGCGUCGACGAUAGCUGAGAAGCAAAAGAGAAGAGAGGAGAACCUGAAGAUAAGAAGGGAGAAUAAAGGUGUAAAGAGGUCGAAGCAGCAGAAAAUGAAGCGCAAGUUUACUGGCACAGCAGGCUCCAAGAAAAGAGCCGGUUUCGAGGGUCGUUUGAAAAGUGGGAAGAAAAAAUAA